AUGAGCUUUCGCGGGAGAUUCAGAAGGGAGCCCAGUGAACUGCGGAGGAAGAGAAGGACCGUUAGGCGAGUGAAUCAAGGAGAAAUUCACAGAUUAAGCUGCCAGGAAAAGCCCAAACUCUUGGAGCCUUUGGAUUAUGAAGCUGUUAUCACAGAGAUUGAGAAAAAUAUUGGGGAUAACCAGUUUAAGGAUCUAAUAUUAUUCCCGGACGAUGAUUUUACAACAGACACAAUUUCACUGGAAAUCAGGACACUGUAUCCUUCUGUACCUGAAGAUGCAGAACAAAAAGCAGAAAACUUAUUUGUUAAAGAGGCUUGUAAAUACUACAGUUCCCAGUGGCAUGUUGUGAACUACAAAUACGAACAGUAUUCAGAAGACUUUCGACACUUACCACAAAAUGAAUUUAGACCAGAGAAACUGCCAUCACAUUCCUUUGAAAUUGAUCAUGAAGAUGUGGAUAAGGAUGAAGAUACAACAUCCCACUCAUCUUCAAAAGGUGGUGGUGGUGGAGGAGGAGGAUUAGCAGCAGGAGUUUACAAGUCUGGAUGGCUUUAUAAAGGGAAUUUCAACAGCACUGUAAACAACAGCAUUACUGUUCGGUCAUUUAAAAAGCGCUACUUCCAGCUGACACAGUUGUCAGAUAACUCCUAUAUUAUGAAUUUUUAUAAAGAUGAAAAAAUAUCCAAGGAGCCAAAGGGAUGUAUUUUCUUGGAUUCUUGCACAGGAGUGGUACAGAAUAACAGGCUUAGGAAACAUGCUUUUGAGUUGAAAAUGAAUGACCUCACAUACUUUGUGCUGGCAGCUGAAAACGAGCAGGAUAUGGAUGACUGGAUUUUCACUCUCAACAAAAUCCUGCAAAUAAACCCAGAAGGAACCAUUCAGGAGAGGAAAAGUGCAGAUCUCACUGAUCUGAAACUUGACCCUGCAGAAGUUUCAGUGAAUUAUGAUUGCUCUCAAGAAGAGACUGAUUCUUCAGAGAAUGCCUUGCACCCAGACUUCUCAAAAUAUAUCACAGAAACAGAAGAAACAGUGAAAGCCUCUCGAAAUACAGAGCGACUCAAUCUUUUCUCUUUGGAUCCUGAUAUAGCAUCAUUGAAUCCUCAGAAAAAGGAGUUUCCAGGGACAAACUUGGUGAUCAAGCCAUUUGAAGAAAAGCCUGCAAAGAGGAUCCUGAUAACUUGCAAAUCCCUCAGUUUGAAUCUCCAGGCCUGUGUUACUGAAAAUGAAAAUGAUCCUUCAACCAAUGUAGAGCCUUUCUUUGUGAGCGUGGCACUGUAUGACAUCAGGGAUGGCAGGAAGAUAUCUGCUGAUUUUCAUGUGGAUUUGAACCACACACUCGUUAGACAGAUGAUUUCAGGUUCCUUGUUUUCAUUAGAAAAUGGCACUGUUGAAAAUAUAGACCCAAACGAAAUGGAAGAACCACAUGUCAAGGGUUUCCCAGAAGAAUGGCUGAAAUACCCAAAACAGGCUCUUUUCUCCAUAAGUAAUCCUCAUUCUGAGAUCGUAUUAGUGGCAAAAAUAGAAAAGGUGCUUACGGGAAACAUUGCCAGCAGUGCUGAACCUUACAUUAAGAAUCCUGAUUCUCUUAAGUGUGCACAGAAAGUGUUAAAAUCCAAUAAACAGUUCUGCAGCAAGCUGGGGAAAUACCGUAUGCCAUUUGCUUGGUCAGUGAGACCAGUGUUUAAAGAUAAUCAGGGAAAUGUUGACAGAGACUCCCGAUUCUCACCUUUAUUCAGGCAAGAAAGUAAUAAAAUUUCCAUGGAAGAUUUGAUUAAACUAAUAGCUGAAUACAGAAGAGCAGAGAAGAUUAGCAAAAUACAGACUAUACCUGGCUGUUUGGAUAUUGCAGUUGAUUGUGUUCCUUUGGAACAUCCAAACUGUGUAACUUCAUCUUUUAUUCCAAUCAAGCCAUUUAAUGACGUAAAGGAGCAUCAACCUACAGUGGAAGUUGAGGAGUUUGUAGAGGAAUCAACAAAAUAUUCUCGACCUUACAGAGUAUAUAAGAACCAAAUAUACAUAUAUCCAAAACACCUCAAAUAUGAUAGCCAAAAAUACUUUAACAAGGCACGGAAUAUAACAGUGUGCAUUGAAUUUAAAAGCUCUGAUGAAGAAGGAGCGAAGCCACUGAAGUGCAUUUACGGGAAGCCAGGUGGACCAUUAUUUACAACGGCAGCCUAUACCGCUGUACUACAUCAUUCCCAGAAUCCUGAUUUCUAUGAUGAGGUGAAAAUUGAACUUCCCACUCAACUCCAUAAGAAACACCACAUUCUGUUUUCAUUUUAUCAUGUCACCUGUGACAUAAAUGCAAAAGCUAAUGCCAAAAAGAAAGAGGCUCUGGAAACACCAGUGGGAUAUGCAUGGCUUCCUCUGUUGAAAGAUGCCCAAUUAGCUUCCCAAGAACACAACGUGCCAGUGGCAAGCAGUCUGCCUCCCAGUUACUUGAGCCUUCAAGAACCAACUAGCGGAAAGCAGAUCAGCUGUGAAGUGAAAUGGGUAGAUAAUGGGAAACCACUUUUCAAAGUCUCUACUUUUGUGGUAUCGACAGUAAAUACUCAGGAUCCAUACCUGAAUAACUUCUUCCGUCAGUGCCAAGAAAGGGAAAAGGAUCUAUCCCAGCCUCCUACCUCAAAUUUUAUCAAUUCUUGUAAGAAUUUGCUGAGGAUUGAGAAGAUCCAUGUAAUUUUGAAUUUUCUUCCUGUAGUCCUGAAUCAGCUCUUCUGGGUUUUGGUGCAAAACAGUGAUGAUGACGUUACAACAGCUGUGACCAG